AUCGCGGGCCUCGGGGCCGCCGAGGCCGCAGUCCUCCGGGCGCCCAGAGCGGCCGGAAGUGCGCUCGGCCGGGGCGGGGCGGGCGCGGGUUCACUUCCGGCCGGCGCGGGCGCGAGCGCGGCGGCCGCCCCGGGCUCCGAAGGUCCCGGGAGAGCACACCUUCAUCAGGCCUUGGGGACGAUGGCGGCCCCGGGGGGCUGUCAGCAGCCCCCUCGUGUCCCGUCCCCUGUGAGUCUCAAGUCACCGGGGACCCCUGGAGCCCACCACCCGGAGGCCCAGCUCCGCUCCCACGGUCGACAGCACGGCUCCCUCGGCCGAAGCCCUGGGGUGCUCUCCCAGCCCCCGUGGGAGGAGGAGCUGUCAGGAGACACGGAGGGGGUCCAGGGGGGCAGGGACACCUGCCGGCCGGAUUCCGAAGCGGAGCCCGAGCAGGCUCUGCCGUCUCCGCAGCUGCAGGAUGCCGGACACGAGGUGGACCAGGACGGAGGGGCACUGCGGACCCUUCUGAGGGGUCUGCCCUGCAGACCCCAGUGUGCAGGCAGCCUCGGACAGGAGGCCGGCUCGGAGCAGCGUGCAGGCCAGCCGCCCAGAGCCGGCGGGUCCUGCCUGCCCAAGAGGGGCGCCUGGCGCAUGACGACGCUCAGGCCGCUGGGAGCCUCGGGGACGGCGGGCGGCUCGGAGCUGGGGGACAGCUUCGGCCGGGGCUCGGGCCUCGGGGCGUUGCAGGGCUGCCCGCGCAGCGCGAAGCCGCACCGGUGCGAGGCCUGCGGCAAGAGCUUCAAGUACCACUCGCUGCUGCUGAAGCACCAGCGCAUCCACACGGGCGAGAAGCCCUACGCCUGUCACGAGUGCGACAAGCGCUUCCGCGGCUGGUCCGGCUUCAUCCAGCACCACCGCAUCCACACGGGCGAGAAGCCCUACGAGUGCGGCGAGUGCGGCCGCGCCUUCAGCCACAGCUCGCACUUCACGCAGCACCUGCGCGUGCACAACGGCGAGAAGCCCUACGCGUGCGCCGAGUGCGGCCAGGCCUUCAGCCAGAGCUCCAACCUGCUGCGGCACCGGCGGCUGCACACGGGCGAGAGGCCCUACGCCUGCAGCCAGUGCGGCAAGGCCUUCGUCUGGAGCUCCGUCCUCAUCGAGCACCAGCGCAUCCACACGGGCGAGAAGCCCUACGAGUGCGCCGAGUGCGGCAAGGCCUUCCGCGGCCGCUCGCACUUCUUCCGGCACCUGCGGACGCACACGGGCGAGAAGCCCUUCGCCUGCGGCGCCUGCGGCAAGGCCUUCGGCCAGAGCUCCCAGCUCAUCCAGCACCAGCGGGUGCACUACCGGGAGUAGCGGCCGCGCCGGGCCGGUGGGGCCGGGCGGCGCUCCCACCUCCUCGCCCUUCCGCCUGGCACCGUGCACCCAGCGUCCCCAAUAAAUUCUUUCUAACUGAUGGUA